AUGUUCCUCUGUUUCUUCGUGUUAGCUACCGUGGUCUUAUGUGAAGAAGUUCCAGCCGUGAACUACAUGACACUACUGUACCGCUAUCUGUUGUCAGACUAUGAGCGAGACGUGAGACCAGCCCUACGACAUGAUCGCCCAGUUAACGUUACUUUUGUGUUCUCCUUAACACAAAUAAUUGACGUGGACGAACGUAAUCAAAUUUUAACGACGAAUGCAUGGGUCCGUCAAGAAUGGAAUGACUACAAAUUAACAUGGGACCCAGAGAUGUUCGGUAAUCUUACAAAAAUUCACAUACCACAUGAGAAAAUAUGGCGACCAGAUGUUGUACUCUACAACAACGCCGAUUCACAGUACACAAAAUCUGUAAUGUCCACCGAUGUAGUGGUUGAUUAUCACGGUAAUGUUAGCUGGUCUGCCGCUGCCAUCUUCAAAUCAUCGUGUCCAUUGGAUGUCAAGCAUUACCCUUUUGAUAGACAGACGUGUACGUUAAACUAUGCUAGUUGGGCUUAUGAUGGCACAAAAAUUGAUCUACUGCUCAACUCGGAGAAAGGUGAUCAGAGCAAUUACAUGAUGAGCACUGAAUGGAGCCUUCUGCGGAUUAGAGCAGAGAAAACUUUUGUCGUCUAUAGUUGCUGCCCUGAUGCACCGUAUCCUUUUGUGAAUAUUCACAUUAGCAUCGAACGUAGACCCAUGUUUUAUGUGUUCAAUCUUAUCCUUCCGUGUGUGCUCAUUAGUAGUAUUGCAUUGUUAGGAUUUUAUAUGCCUUCGGAUUCGGGCGAGAAAGUCACUUUAGGUAUUACUUCUCUUCUUUCAACAACCGUAUUUUUAAUGCUUGUAGCCGAGGGAAUGCCGCCAACUGCAGAAGCAUUACCGCUCAUAGGAAUUUACUAUGUAGUAACUAUAUUCCUUGUAUCGCUCGCUACUGCAAUGACUGUGGUUACGUUAAACAUUAAUCACCAAGGCCUACAUGGUUGUGAUGUGCCGCCAUUUCUACAGGUUAUAGCUUUUCGAUUCCUAGCACGUAUACUAUUUGUGCGUAUCGAUCCAUAUCACUCGAUCUCUCGACAUGUACAAUGGCUUUACGAGAAGUAUCACUCUGAAGAAAAUGAAUAUCAGAGACUACAAUCUCAUCAUUUCCGGUGCUCGCCGGAAAGACGGUUUAAGCAACACUAUCACUGUCCUACGAAACCACGGGUUUACAGCUUGCCAAGUACAAGUUCACGAGCAGCGAAGCACGUAUCAUUUUCGUCACCCUCGCAUUCCAUGGAAACCCCGUUAACGUCAAUGCCAACAAUCUGCCAUUUGGCCGAUCUGCCUUCGGCAUCGCCGGAUGAGACUGGGUUUGAUGAGUUUGAGCACGAAUUUCUACGAGUCAUUACCAUGGUGAAUGCAGCGCUAGAACGAAAUGAGUUGCGAACGGCAGAAAAAGAUCGUCGCAAUGCGAUUGAACUCGAAUGGCAACAAGUUGCCAUGGUACUAGAUCGGUUUUUGUUGGUUGUGUUUCUAAUCGGUACAACCAUAUCGUCAUUCGUCAUUCUGUAUCAACGUGAACUUGGGUUUUGA